CAGCUUUUUGUUCGAUUUCCGGUUUAAUUUGAGGAAAAUUAAUCGGAAAAAAAAAUGGCGAUGGCUGGGCUGUACCGACGAGUCCUUCCUUCUCCCCCUGCCGUAGAAUUUGCUUCUCUAGAGGGAAAGAAACUUUUUCUUGAAGCCAUUCAGAAGGGAACUAUGGAGAACUUCUACAGGCUAAUUUCUUAUUUCCAGACACAAUCGGAGCCUGCUUAUUGUGGAUUGGCGAGCCUGUCCAUGGUCUUGAAUGCUCUUGCUAUUGAUCCUGGAAGGAAAUGGAAAGGACCCUGGAGAUGGUUUGAUGAGUCCAUGUUAGACUGCUGUGAAUCUUUGGAAACUGUCAAGUCCAAAGGCAUCUCAUUCGGGAAGCUAGUGAGCUUGGCCCACUGUGCUGGAGCAAAAGUUGAAGCAUUUCGUACUAAUCAUAGCAAUAUUGAUGAGUUCCGUAAAUAUGUCAUGAGAUGUUCCAGUUCUGAUGAUUGUCACGUGAUCUCAUCAUAUGAUAGAUCAGUCCUCAAACAGACUGGUACCGGUCACUUUUCACCCGUUGGUGGCUAUCAUGCUGAUAAGGACAUGGCUCUAAUUUUGGAUGUUGCACGCUUUAAGUAUCCUCCUCAUUGGGUGCCCCUCAAUAUCCUUUGGGACGCCAUGAGUAAUGUUGAUGAAUCUACUGGACAACGCAGAGGGUUUAUGCUAAUAUCUAGGCCUCACAGGGAGCCAGGACAGCUUUAUACCCUGAGCUGUAAACAUGAGAGUUGGGUUGGCGUUGCAAAAUACUUGAUGGAUGAUGUUCCUCUUCUCUUAAAGUUAGAGGAUGUGAAAAACGUUCAGGAAGUUUUGUCUGUUGUUUUCAUGUCACUCCCUUCAAAUUUUGAAGAUUUUAUAAAGUGGGUUGCAGAAGUUCGGAGGCGAGAAGAUGUAGGCCAGACCUUAAGCACAGAGGAAAAAGCUAGGCUUGCUGUCAAGGAGGAGGUAUUGAGACAAGUGCAGGAGACUGGGCUUUUUAAACAUGUGUCAAAAUUAUUAUUAUCGUCAAAAAAUUCUUGCUGCAGAAACCUAACUUCUGGUCGUGAAGAAGACUUGCCUGACAUUGCUGCUAGUGUUUGCUGCCAUGGGGCACAAAUCUUAUCGGGCAACUCUGCCUCCCCAUUGGUAUACUGUUGUCAAGAAACAUGUGUGAAAUGCUUGAAGGCUAAUGGUGACAAGCCAGUCACGGUGGUGUGUGGUACGGUGAUAAAUGGUGGAAGUGAGGAGAGGGUGGACAUGUUAGUUCCAUCUUCCCAAAUGAAUUUGAGUUGCUGUUGUGCUGGCUCAAUAAAUCACAUUGGGCUUCACCCAGCUAGUAAUGAUGUUCUAACGGCACUUCUACUAGCCUUGCCUCAAAAAACAUGGUCUGGGAUCAAAGAUGUGAAGCUUUUGAAAGAAAUUUACGGCCUUGUUUGCACUGCAAGUCUACCUACUUUGCUUCAAGAAGAGGUUUUACACUUGCGGCGUCAGCUCCACCUUCUCAAGAAAUGCCAAGAAAAUCGGAUAGAAGAGGACCUCGGCGAGCCUCUCUCUUAGAACUGAUUCUCCCUUUCCUCCCAUGUUUCUAUUAUCUCCAACCACACAGGGGAUUAUAUCAAAUCAUUUUCGUUGUACUUCUUCCGUCGUAGGUUGUAAUGUAAAAAGAGGUAGUAAGUCCAUAUCUGAACAGCUGGCAGAACGGAUUAGUUCCGGCUAAUAGGUUAGAUGUUGAGCAUGAGACAAGCUGUAAAACUCGACUUUCUUAUGUUUGCAAAUGUGUCGAUUGAUUUUACAUCCAAACUAUAAUGAAUUAAUUUU